AUGGGACUACCGAAAUCAAGGUUGGCAUCACUUUAUAAGGAUUUUACACCUUUAAAAGAAUUGAAUCCCGAUGGAUAUGUUGCUAACAUCAAUACUUGGGUUAAAUAUCUACAUGAGAAUUAUUUAAGUGAUACAAGAAACGUUGUUUUACAUAUUGGCACGCAAUUUCUACAAUGCCUUAGUGAUGCAUCUCAUGGAACACCUAGUAGCAUUGAUUUAGUGAUUGAUAAACUGGUCGAAGAUGGUGUAUUGAUCCCAUAUAAUGAAUUUACUAGCGGAAGUAUUGGAUUAGGUGUUAGUACUAGUAUGUUUUCUUGGCUUACCAACAGAUUUGGAAUGUCAUCAAGAUUUACUAGCAGGAAAUCGAAUAAUGAGAUGGGAUAUUUAAAAGACAUGGAUUUAAUUAUAAAGGAAAAUUUAAUUAAUAAUUAUAGUUUGAUUAUUGAUGAGAUAAAUAGCAAUAUAUUAGUGCAUGUCACAGGUAUAUCAGAUCUUGUCUUUUCAAGGGAACAGUUUAUUCAAAGAGCAGGCGUCUCAAAAUAUCUUAACCUUGAUAGUUAUGAUGCAAUGCUAUUAUAUUUAAAAGAUUAUAAAAAAGUGAUUGCAUAUUCAGAUAAUGUAGUUAAAAUAAUAAAUUGUCCUUUUAUAAAGUCUUCCGCGUCCUUUCCCCAAGAUAUUACAGAUAAUGAUGUUGCUAUUGUUAAUAUUAAAACCAAUAUAAGCAACAUUAGCCAAAGAAUUAAACAAAUGGAAGAUAAAAUAAGGUAUUAUAAUCAAAAAUUAACUGUGAAAGCAACUAAAAGAGAAGUGUUGAAGGAAUAUCUGAGAGCCAAGAUGAUUAUAGAGAAACAUUUAUUAACUUUAUUAAAAUUCCAAAAUAAUUUGAUAGAGGUUAAGCAUCAGAUUGAUUUAUCUGCUACUAAUGCAACCCUUGUUGAAACACUAUCGAGAAGUGUGGAUGUAAUGAGGUCAUUAAAUGAAUAUGCAGGAUCGACUGAAGGAGUAGAACAAUUGUUAGAUGCUAUUGAAAACGAAAAGUUGAAAUCGAAUAAGAUUGGCGAUUUAUUGUCUUCAAUUGGUUACAAUGAAGAAGAUGAAGAUGUGGAAGAAUUAGAUAAGGAACUAGAGAAAUUAACUCUUGAAUCUGAUAUAGCAGAAAAUGUUGAUAAAGAGAAAGAAAAUAAGGAUAAACAACUCGAUAAAUUAAGAGACUUAAUUUCAGUAAGUUCUGAACUGAAAAAGCAUGAAAACACCAAUACAGAAAAAAGUUCAGAUAAUGCAAUGUUGAUAGAAGAAUAG